GUGGUUAUUUAAAGUUUGUUAGUGGUUUUUACGGUGCUGCGGAUAUACACAUGGUUUAUAGUGUUAUGUGUAAGUGAAUAGUGACUUUAUUAUAUAAUAAUGGACAUAUGUUGGUGAUUGUGUAAAAAAUUGUGCAAAAACCCCUGAAAUGGCGGGUUUUGGAUUUGACCAGAAUGGUGGAGGAGCCGGCAACUUCGAAGGUUUGCUUCGAGGUGCCGGACAAAAGUUGAUGGGUUAUGCCGGUGAUAAACUUAUGGGAGCUGCCAAGGAUGUCGUCGGAGGAAUCCUUAAUGAGUUGUUUAUCAAGAAGGAGGCCCAAAGUGGCAAAAGAAUUUUGCCCAGCAUCAAAAACAUGAAAGUGGUAUGUGGAAGAAUAAUGAAUGAUAGUAGAUAA